GUGCGUAAGAGGACAGCUCCAGACGCCGACCGGGUGAAGUCGAAUGCGGCGUUGAUUGCAGAGUUGCUGCGAAAGCGGCCGGAGGGCGGGAGGAAAGCGAAAGCCAGAAGAAGUUCGGAUCGGGCGAUUGAAUGUCUGACGCUGAGCACUCGCGUGGCAGCACAGAGGUUGUCUGGUGCACAGGAGGAGCAUUUGUCCGGGGACGAGGGCGACUAG